CGACUGAACGCUCGACAGGCUGUCAAAAUGUCUUUGUUUUGAUUAAAAAUUCUGAUCACAACUCCGAAACCAUCCAGUUUAAUCGCUCUUGUUUUACCAAAAUUUUUAAUUGUACUUUCCAACUUUGUGUUAACCGGUGAAAUUAUUGUGGAUAUUAGCUAGCCCCUAAUCGUAAUAAUGACGGAUGCUAACGAUCCGGAAUCGACCGAUUCGUGCAGCCUGACGGAGGAGGAGGUCGAACCGAAGCUCAAGUACGUCCGGCUGUCGAACGAUUUGAAAAACAUCCUGAGCGAGGAGGCCAUCAGCUGUAUUGCUGUGCAUCCACGGUUUCUCUGCCUUGGGACUCACUGGGGACGGAUUCACAUGCUGGACCCAGGAAAUCGAGUCGAGACGCUGAUCAAUCUACGACAGAAUCCGCACAUUUUGUCUGUUAAUAAGAUUUCCGUGGACAAAGGGGAGUACAUCGGAACAUGUUCCGACGACGGGAUGGCCAUUAUUAACGGACUUUACACGGACGAAAACAACCAGAAGCUGAACGUCGGCAAGGUCAUCAGAGCGGUCGAGCUGGAUCCGUUGCAUUACAAGUCUGGUUCCGGGCGGAGGUUCCUAAUAGGUGAUCACAAGCUGGUGUUGUACGAGCGAACCUUUCUGAAGGGACUCAAAUCGACCGUGCUGAGCGAAUCGGAAGGGGCCGUUAGUGCAAUCAAGUGGAACGGUCAGUUCAUUGCAUGGGCCAGCUCGCUCGGGGUUCACGUGUACGACCUGUCGGAACGUUGCUCACUGGGACUGAUCAAGUGGGAGGAACCCAAAGAGGGAAAACUCACCGACUAUCGCUGCAAUCUCAGCUGGUCCAACUCGACGACGUUGCUCAUUGGUUGGGUAGAUACCAUUCGAAUCUGUGUCAUUCGGAAGCGAAAUCCGAUUGAAGUUUCAACCCGAAAUCUGCCCGCCCACAUUGUAGAUCCUAUGUCCACAUUCCAAACCGAGUUCUACGUGUGCGGCGUGGCGCUCGAGAGCCACCAGCUAGUGGUGCUCGGCUAUCCGAAGGAUCGCGACUCGGAGACGAACAAGGCGCUGCGGCCGAUUCUGUGCGUGCUGCAGUACAAAGCGAGCGACUACAUCGAAAUUUGCACCGACAGUCUGUCCAUGCGGGGAUAUCAAGAGUACAAGUGUGACGACUAUCACUUGGAUUGCCUCAUAGAGGAGAAUCAGUAUUUCAUCGUGUCGCCGAAGGACGUCGUGGUCGCGAGCCUGUACGAAACGGACGAUCGCGUGCAGUGGUUGAUCGAGCAUGGCAAAUUCGAGCAAGCGAUGGACGUGAUCGCGAAAAACGGCGGCAAAUACUCGAUCGUAACGGUGGCCCGGCUCUACCUCGAUCACCUGCUAUCGCUGCAGCAGUACGACGAGGCGGCCCGGCUGUGUCUACGUGCCUUCCAGAACGACAAGCAGCUGUGGGAGGAGGAGGUGUACAAGUUCGUCAAGGAGAAGCAGCUGCGCUCGGUCAGUGCGUACAUACCCCGGGCGGCGGACUGCCGGCUCAACCCGCACGUGUACGAGAUGGUGCUGUACGAGUACCUGCAGCUGGAUCCGGAGGGGUUUCUGGGGCUGAUCAAGGAGUGGGAACCGGGGCUGUACAACACGAAGGCUGUGAUUAACGCGAUCAACGAUCACUUCAACAAGAAGGACGCGAAUAUUUUGCUGGAAGCGCUGGCCAUUCUGUAUUCGCACGAGAAAGAGUACGACAAAGCGCUGACGAUGUAUUUGAAGUUGCAACACAAGGAAAUAUUCGAACUGAUAAAAAGGCACGAUCUGUACUCGGUGAUAAAGGAUACGAUCGUGCAGCUGAUCGAGUUGGACAGCGAAAAUGCGAUACAAAUGCUGCUGGAAAAGAACAAGAUUCCCGCCGAGGACGUUGUGCAAGAGCUUGAAGGUCGCGAAGAAUUUCUGUACCGGUAUUUGGACGCGUACGACAAAAUCGACAGUUCGGGGAAAUUUCACUGGAAGCUGGUCAAGCUGUACGCGGUCUACGAACCGGCCAAGUUGCUGCCGUUUCUCAAACGCUCAAACAAUUACCCCAUCCAGGAAGCGUUCAACAUUUGCAAAGACAAGCUGUUUUACCCGGAGAUGGUUUAUCUGCUAGGUCGGAUGGGAAACACCCGCGAAGCACUGUCCAUCAUCAUCCACAAGCUCAAGGACAUCCAGAUGGCGAUCGAGUUCUGCAAAGAGCACGACGACAUGGACCUGUGGAACGAUCUGAUCAACGAAUCCGUUGAGAAGCCUUACAUUAUGACCAAGCUGCUGGACGGCAUCGCGGGCUUCAUCAACCCGGAACUGCUGGUGAACAAGAUCAAAACGGGGCAGGAAAUUCCGGGGCUGAAAAAUUCCAUCAUCAAAAUGCUGUGCGGGUUCAGCUUGCAGGUUUCGAUCCAGGACGGCUGCAACCAGAUCCUGGUGUCGGAUUACUUCAACAUGCACGAACGGCUGGCCAAGGUGCAGCAGCGGGCGAUGGCCGUCAGCGUGGACACCACGUGUGGGCUGUGCCGGAGGGACAUUAUCGUGAAAGAUCACCUGCGAACCGACGUGGUGGUGUUCAACUGUCGACAUUUCUUCCACGAGACGUGUCUGCCGGACAAGUAUAAUCUGGAAUUUUGCACGGUGUGCAAAUCGCGAAAGCCAAACUCCGAAGCCGAAAAAGACACAAACCAAAAGCGAGAAAGAAGUGCAGAUAGGUCGCAAGUGUGUGUUUGGUCGCUUCGUUGGCGCUUGUGUUACAAAAUCAGUCUCGCUUCAGCAGUCUAUCGGUUCGGUUGUCGUUCAGCGCGCCCGCAGGAGAAAGUGAUAAAAAGACAGACAGAUCGCGCGUUCUACGUGGCCUGGUUUCAUAAUUUUUGGUUUAAUUUGUUCUUGUUUUGUAGGAGAAAGAGAGCACCGAUCCAGAUCAUGACGCAGCAGGGGCCCGCCUUCGACUCGAACUGCAUGACGCUGACGCGGUUCGUGCUGCAGGAGCAGAAGAAGCACAAACAGGCCACCGGCGAUCUGUCCCAGCUGCUGAACUGCAUCCAGACGGCGAUCAAAGCGAUUAGUUCGGCGGUGCGCAAGGCCGGCAUCGCCAAGCUGCAGGGAAUCUCCGGCGACACGAACGUCCAGGGCGAGCAGGUCAAGAAGCUGGACGUGCUGUCGAACGAGAUCUUCAUCAACAUGCUGAAGUCGUCGUACGCGACCUGCCUGCUGGUGUCGGAGGAGAACGACAACGUGAUCGAGAUCGAGACGGAGGCGCGGGGCAAGUACGUGGUGUCGUUCGAUCCGCUGGAUGGAUCGAGCAACAUUGACUGUUUGGUGUCGAUCGGGUCGAUCUUUGGGAUUACCAAACGGAUCAACGAUGGGGCGGAACCUUCCGAGGCGGACGCGCUGCAGCCGGGCAACAAAAUGGUCGCCGCCGGGUACGCGCUGUACGGAUCGGCCACGAUGAUCGUGCUGAGUUUGGGCGAAGGCGUCCACGGGUUCAUGUACGAUCCGUCGAUCGGGGAGUUUGUGCUGACGGACUACAAUCUGCGCAUUCCCGAGCGGGGCAACAUCUACUCGAUCAACGAAGGUUACGCUUCGACGUGGGACAAGUCCGUGUUGAACUACGUCCAGGAUAAGAAGGACCCGGCCAAGGGCAAGCCGUACGGAGCGCGUUACGUGGGCAGUAUGGUGGCGGACGUGCACCGGACGAUCAAGUACGGUGGUAUCUUCAUCUACCCGGCGACGGCCGCGUCCAAGAACGGUAAGCUGCGUCUGCUGUACGAGUGCAACCCGAUGGCGUACAUCGUGACGAAGGCCGGCGGCAAGGCCAGCGCCGGUAAGGACAAGGAAAUCCUGGACGUGGUUCCAACGUCGAUCCACCAGCGCUGCCCAAUCUACCUCGGCUCGAAGCUGGACGUCGAGGAAGCGCUCAGCUACAUCAAGUGAGUUGCGUGUCUGUUUUUGUUUGUGUUUGCGGUUACUGUUAAGACGAAAUAAAUUGCCAUUUUUCUUA